AUUAUCCCCCAAUAAAGAAAAACACUAGAGAGAUUGUUAACAAACCCCCUUUAAAGAAGAAACAAAAACAAAAACCCUUUUGAAACUUUGAUUGUAGUUAUGGGAUUCUUGCACAUGCUUUGGGAUGAAACUGUGGCCGGUCCUGCCCCAGAGAAUGGUCUCAGGAAGUUGAGAAUUUACAUUUCCGGCGAAAAUGUCACAAGAAAUGGUCACCUCCAGAAUUUGAUGGUGGAUCCAGGUCGUGUCCCGGAUUCUCCUAUCGGAUCAAGCAUCCCCGGUUCUCCUUUGACUCCUGGAACACCAAGUGAGACACAUGCCACGAGUCUCAAUGCUUGCGAUUGGGUUGUGCUAAAUGCACUGGACCGUUGAAAGGGAUUAAGGGAAAACAUGUACGUGAAGAAAUAUCCGAUCCAACGACUUUGUUUGUAUAUAUACGAAGUGUACAUAAUGGAUAAUGUGUUCAUGUAAGUAGUAGUCAAAUAUUCGGUUUUAGAAUGUAUAUUCGUGUUUCGCAAGAAAAAAUCAACUAUAAAAAGAUGAAAAAUUCAACUAAACAUGUAAUAUUGUCUUUACUUAAUAGUAGUACAUUUUACGUCUUUGAAGUAAGUGUCCGUAUAUUUACUGUUGUUAAUAACUUGAGAAUCACUUGGAAUGUCAACCCACAUGGAGGUUUCUCAUAAAUUAAUCAUGUGCACGAACCUAUAAUUUUUUUGUCAACUCACUAACCUAUAAUUAAACUCUUCAUAUUUGUUUAUAUAUUUCUUAGUGUGGUUUCUGAUCCAUUUCGUAGGUCUUUUGAGGAAAAUACCAUCUUCCCACCCUCACCGUAAAAAUCCUUGAAACUUGUAUUAACGUCUUUGUGAAGAAUACAACAAUGAUUUUUUUCGAGAAACGAAAUUUAUUGGUCGUAAAAACAAUCCUAAAAUGUAGGAAAUGACUAGUAGUUAUACGUUUUUUGUAGAAAGGUUUGCAAUUCAGUAUUCAACAAAUAAUGAUAUGAGGUGUAGCCGUGUAGGACCCGUAGAUUACACACAUAUUGUAUUAUAGAAAUGUUUAUUUAUAUCAUUUGGACUCCAUGAUUCGUAAUUGAUCCAGGUAAAUAGUAAACAUAUACCAAAGCACAGAAAACUGGAAUUUAUGAAGAAUUCGGUAGGAGUCAAAGCAGGAAGUCUUAUAUUAUUUGGUUAGGAGUUGAGACCAAUUCGUCAUUUUAAAUUAAAGUUAGAAGAAUUGAUAAUUAGAUAUUUUCCAGCCUUUUUUUCAUGGGGUCCAUCAUUUUGUUUAAAAUGUCUCCAAAAGCUGGAAUUAAAAUGGUUGGUGUUAAAAUAUUAGUAGUUUUGAGCAGAGUGGAAUAAGUACUUUAGUAUAUAAUUUUUGUCAACAUCUUUGUAUUUGCUUAAAAGUAUUAUAUGAGAAUACAGAUUUUUUAAAAACUAUUUGAAAACCCAAUCAUUGUGCUGUUUUUUUUCACUGAGUGUAUUAUUACCAAAUAGAUGAAAUACAAAUACAUAAAAUACAAAACCAACGGAUGAAGUUACUAUUUGUGGUUAGCUAGGCCGGCGGACAACAAACUAUCCCCAAAAACGAAAUCCUACAAAGGGGAAGCAUUAGCCCAAAAGAGUACAUAUCGGCGCUUACAACAACAACUUUAAACUACGCAACUAACUUCCAAACAACCAAUGAUAAUCAACACUCACAGACAUAUCUGACUUCUAGAAAAUCCAUGAAACUGCUUAACGGGAAUGUCCUCGACCAUAACACCGAAAAGCCACUUCCUCCUAGCACAACGAGGAUACACCUCCAAAACUAAGUAACAAGAACUUCAUAAACCGGCAAGUGAGAAUCACUUUGAUUCCACUAAUCACUUCCGGAAGCGGCUGAGUCAAACAAACCGUUGAACACCUAGGUAUGAAGCCACAUAAGACAAGAUCUCCACAAGAUCUGAACCGAACAAACUAAGAGCGAAUUCCACCUAAUCCGACAAACGACCGCUUGCCAUGAAUGGCAAAAGAAUGGAUGCGGAAUCCAUAGCAAACCCCAACCGAAAAGACAACAUCUGCAAGAGGAAACCACACAGUAGCCAAGGAGAAACACAAAAUCAACAGAACUAAUCAGAUCUAGAAUGAGUUUCAAGGAUAAAAGUUUUUGUGGCUAGGCUACACUGUAAAUCAACAGAUCUGAAACUUUUAUGAGAGAAUCCACACCAGAUCUGAAAGUAUAAGUCGACUUGGUUGAUGCAUAUCUCUUUCAAAAACGGAAGCACAGUCACACACCGAAUAUCAGAGAAGCAAGUAUGAAAUAAAACAAGAGGUUAGGACCAACGCCAGUGCUGAAAAAGCCAUCACACGCUGGUCCUCCAUGAAAACGCAGAAAGCUUAAAAAAACAAGAAGGAGAAGAUGAACACUGCGAAGAGAGAGAGAGAAAAUUCCUAGUUCAAAUCAUUGUGUUGUUACUGUCAACAUUAAAUUUGGUUGGAUAUAAAAGGUAAAGUACCAAUAUUCGCUAACCAUUUAGUUAAAUCCAUGAAACUGAUUAACGGAAAUGUCCUCGGCCAUACCACCGAAAAGCCACUUCCUCCUAGCAUAACGAGGAUACACCUCCAGAAGUAAGUAACAAGAACUACAUAAACCGGCAAGUGAGAAUCACUUUGAUUCCACUAAUCACUCCCGAAGCGGCUGAGUCAAACAAACCGUUGAACGCCUAGGUAUGAAGCCAAAUAAGACAAGAUCUCCACAAGAUCUGAACCGAACAACUAAGAGCGAAGUCCACCUAAUCCGACAA